AUGGAGCAGCGGAGACAUUACGAGCUCCUAAAUGGUGUGGAUGAUGGUGUGGUGGAUGGUGUGGUUGAUGGUGUGGUGGAUGGUGUGGUUGAUGGUGUGGUAGAUGGUGUGGUGGAUGGUGUGGAUGAUGGUGUGGUGGAUGGUGUGGUUGAUGGUGUGGUUGAUGGUGUGGAUGAUGGUGUGGUGGAUGGUGUGGUUGAUGGUGUGGUUGAUGGUGUGGUUGAUGGUGUGGUGGAUGGUGUGGUUGAUGGUGUGGUAGAUGGUGUGGAUGAUGGUGUGGUGGAUGGUGUGGUUGAUGGUGUGGUUGAUGGUGUGGAUGAUGGUGUGGUGGAUGGUGUGGUUGAUGGUGUGGAUGAUGGUGUGGUUGAUGGUGUGGUUGAUGGUGUGGUUGAUGGUGUGGUAGAUGGUGUGGUUGAUGGUGUGGUUGAUGGUGUGGUAGAUGGUGUGGUAGAUGGUGUGGUGGAUGGUGUGGUUGAUGGUGUGGUAGAUGGUGUGGUGAGUGAUGGUGUGGUAGUGGUGUGUGUGGUUGAUGGUGGUGGUGGAGAUGGUGUGGUGAUGGUGUGGUGGUGGUGGGUGUGGGUGUGGUGA